AUGGUGAGUUAUAUCCUUCAUGCCAGACAUAGAAAUAAAUGGCUAUCCAAUAAAAAAAUCUUAAAGCUGUUAAAGAAUCUUAUACCGAAAGAUUUAAUUAAAAAUCACGUCCGGAAACUUCAAAAGGCUUUGAAAGAAGGGAUCGAUAAUAAUGAUAAAGAUAUGAAAUUACAACUUGAUAAACAGUUGGUGUAUAUCUUGAAAUACCUUAUAAAAUGGUUCAGAUUGAAUUAUAAAUUUAAUUCAAACGGGUUAAGAGUAUUAGGAUACCUUCCAAAACAUAAAUCUGCUGAUCAAUAUUAUCCCAAUACAGCUAGUCCAAUCCUGAAUAUUAAAGAGUUUCAAUAUAUCAUUAAAAAAUUCAAACAUAAUAGAGAUACAGGGGCUCAAAUAUUCACUGCUUUAUUAAGAUCAUUAGGAUUUGAAAGUCGUUUGGUAUUCUCAUUACCUUUAUUAGCAGUGAGAAAUGGUAUAACUCCAUUAAAACAACCAAAAGUAGAUGAAAAGAAACUCCUGGUUAAUAAAGAUAACGAUUUGUUGUAUCCUUAUUAUUGGACAGAAUUAAUCAAUCCAUUGAAUCCUGAAGAGGUGAUUGUAUUGGAGACGGAAUGCUUUCAUAAUGAAGAAAAUCGAUUGAUUCGAUUAACGAGAGUAGCCAACAAUAACACCUCCGAUAUCAUAAAUCAGGAUAAUUUAAAUCAAUAUUAUACUGACUUAUUUUAUCCUGUACCUAGUCAAUUCAAUCAAAUGUCAAUGCAUUAUGUUAUUAGCUUAACUAAUGAUAAUUUGAUAUUACCGAUAAGUUCACGAUACAUGACUGAUAUUUCGUAUCGAUGGUUUGAUAAAUUGGAUUUACGUACCGAUCAUGGCCGGUCAGCAUUAUUAUUCCAAUCAUUGAUUAGAAUAUUCAAUCAUGGGAAACAUUAUGAUCAUUUAACUAAUUUAGAACUAGAUACAUUACGAAAAGUGGCGAUGAUAAAUUAUAAAAUCCCUACUAAUUUCACCGCUAUGAAAAGGAAUCCGAAUGUGGUGACUUUAUCAACGUUAAGAUAUAAUGAAUCGAUCCCCACUUCGACAACCACACCUAUUUCAAAGAUUAAACUUGAUUCAAAGUUAGAAUUAGUCUAUUUUAAAAAUUCCAUCGUGGUAGGGAAAUCAAUCAAACAAUGGAAGUUCUUAGGUAGAUCAGUAAAACCGACUGAAUUAGACCAUCCUUUGAAAUCAACUAAGGCAUUAACCCCAAGAACCAUCGAAGGGAAAAGAUUGUAUAAUCUUAAUAUUUAUAAUAAUGAACCCGAAUUAAAUGAAACAAAAUUAUACAGUUUUGAUCAAACUUGUCCGUAUAUUACAUUGGAAACUACAUUAGAUAUAAAUGGGAAUUUAGUUCUACCUCGAAAUAAAUAUGGUAACAUGGAAAUUUAUCGAGAAAAUAUGGUUCCGGAAAAUUGUAUGUGGUUGAAACUUUCUGAUAUAGAGACUAUUUUAAAUGAUUAUCGGAAAACAAACGAUUUAAAAAUCCAAUAUGUUAAUGUGGUGGUGGGAUUUAAUUUCACUUCAAAACCAGGUCAAUGUAUACCUGUCAAAAACGGGGUAAUAAUAUUAAAACAAGAUGAAUUGUUAAUUAAAAAAAUCUGGUUACAAGGUAAAAUGAGAUUAAAUCAUCUUGAAUUAGAAUCUAAAAAGAAAGAAACAGAAGCUAUGUGGGAAUUAUUUAUAAGAAGAGUACGUAUAAAGGAGAAACUUAAUAAGAGAUAUGGG